UAAAUGCGGCUCACUGCUCUGUUGGCUUUACAGUCAGUUCCUCGUUCUUCACUGGUGUUUUUGAGAGACAGAAAAGUUGCUGUUUUGUUUUGUCCCUGUCUUCUUGCAAUGGGAGUUGGGGAAAUGUUUCUCUAACAGCAAGUGACUGACUGUGGUGAUAGUGAGCGCUGCCAGAGCCUGCAGUGUGUGUGUAUUUGAAGAGAGCACAGUGCAAGCCCAAGGCUCUCCACACCUCAGCAAUGUUGUUUCUAGGCUGUAUCCGGCUCGCUGCUGGCCUGAUGGCAAUGAGUAGGGAGACCGGCGAGUCUGAGCAGCGCCCUGCCCUGAACAUGUACUCUCUGCCCGUCAAAUUCGUGCUGACCGCCUGCGCUGCGACUGUUGCUGAAACAGUGACCUUUCCAUUUGAUUUAACUAAAACAAGACUUCAGAUCCAAGGAGAAUCAGUUCCCCAUCAUUUUAGAGGUAGUAAAACAGUAAAACCUUAUCGGGGGAUGAUCCAAACAGCAGCUGGAAUAGUGAAAGAAGAGGGCCUGUUCAAACUCUGGCAGGGUGUUACUCCUGCCAUCUGCAGACAUAUCGAUACCCUUCCUUUUAUUUAUGAUGUAUACUAGUGUAUUCAGGAGUACGGAUGGUUGCCUACGAACAACUCCGUGAUUCUGUACUUCACAAGGACAAAGAUGGCUAUUUCCCACUG